AUGACUUCGGACCUAAUCAAAGAUAAUAAAAAUAGAGCAGAACUUGCCGCUACAGAUGUGAGGUGCUGCAAAAAGAUUACUGUGUUCGCCUGUGUCUGUGGCGUGUUCUCAUUAAUAUUACACACAUAUAGCUAUGCUGAACUCUUGGCUAUUAAAAGUCAUGAAGAUUUACAUUCUAGACACAUAAAUAAACUCAUAGAAAAUAGGAUUCAAGAAAGAUUUAUAGAGUUAAUGAGUACAACAAGCCCACAUAGAUUAAAAAGGGAUGCUAUGCUUAAACAAUCUCCAAUUGAAGAGGAUAACACGGUUGCACCACACGUGGAGUUUUUCAACCCUAAAAUGAGACCAGAACUAGAAGAAAAAGACUCCAUAGAAAUGAAAAGAACUGGUGCCAAAGGUCCUGCCCCAGGAGACGACACUUGGGUCUGGCUGACGAGCUACUCCAGGGUCCCCUACAAAGUAGUUCAAGGGUUUUGCAAGGCUACUCAAGAUUACUGUCCCCCUGGCGUCCAAGGACCGAAGGGUCCCAUGGGCUAUCCAGGUCCGAAAGGAGACAGAGGGUCACCAGGAGAGGCUGGCAUACCCGGCAGCCCAGGUUCAGUUGGACCUUUCGGACCACCUGGACCUAAAGGUGAACGUGGAUUCCCGGGGAACCCUGGAUUAGAUGGUAGAGACGGAGUGCCGGGUGAACCAGGUCUUGAUGGCUUGCCGGGACGGAACGGGGCAGACGGAGCGCCGGGCAGGUACGGACAAGAUGGUAUACCGGGCAGAGAUGGAAUCCCAGGGAAAAAUGGAAAGGAUGGGAAAGAUGGAAAAGUCGGAGCUCAGGGCCCACCUGGUAUUCGAGGACCUAAAGGCGAACGUGGUCCAAUCGGACCCAAAGGGCCAAAGGGGAAUGACGGACUUAACGGAAUACCGGGGAAACCAGGACUAUCCAUCUAUAACUACACCAAAGAGAACCAGAUGUUUAUACCUCCUUCGUUUGCAUUGGAUAAUCCGAGACUUAUAGUUAGAGAAGGGGAUACCAUGAGAUUGGACUGUAAUCCCAAAGGCUUCCCUGAUCCUGUCAUUGAAUGGAGGAGAGCUGAUGGUACACCCAUUAUUCAGGGUUCAUGGCGUGACGCGUCAGUCAGCGGCCACGUACUGAACAUACCGAACGUAUCUCGUUGGCACACCGGCAAGUACGUGUGUCUCGCUAACAACGGGAUGCAGCCUCCCGCCAACCAGACCACGGACGUGGAAGUCAACUUCAGCCCUUACAUAAGAGUGCCAAACAACAUAGUCUACGUGUUCAACAAGACAGCCCAAAUCGAGUGUGAGAUUCAAGCUUGGCCGGAACCAGUACUGGCUUGGGAGUACGACGAUGGAACCACAGUGGAGGGAUCACACUAUAAGAUGGAGGUGGCUCCUACAUCAGAUCCCUGGAGAUGGAUCAUGAGGCUGGAGAUACCUCACAUCAAAGAGCACGACAUGCGCCAGUACAUCUGUGUAGCCAAAAAUGAACUCAAUAACACAACCGUUAGAGGUUAUAUUCGACUGUCCCAUCCCGGUCCAAAGCAACAAUCUCAGAUCCAACAGCCACGCGAGUUCGGCUCCCCGCCGCCCACGUUGACCUCCUACGAGGAACUCUGCUCCGCCCAGCGUUGCCCAUCAUGCCCACGAUGUGACCGAGCGCUCAUGAUCACGCCCAUGAACGCUAGCUUAGGCAACAAGCCUCACCGUAAUACUAAUUGCCAGUUGUACGCGAUCGGUAAACCAGUCUACCACAAGUACAAGGAGGAGUUGUUUGGUGCCUGGCUCAGAGAUUCAAAUUCCACUGAAGCUCAGCGAGAGAAGUUGUGGACGACUCAAGAAAACGACGUGGAGAGGCUGCACGAAUUCAGAAGUAAAGCGAGCUUCAAGGCUGAUAGAGUGGACGAGUUCCACAAGCUACAGAAACCAUUCUUUGGUAACGGUCACAUAGUGUACAGCGGCUCGUUCUUCUACCAGGCCAAUGAGUCCGGUACACCCGGCGACAUAGUGCGCUACGAUCUAACACAGAGUCGUAUCAAAUCAGCACAUCUACCGCACGCGCAGGGUAGACUGUACACGGCGCAACAUAACCAAGUCGACUUCAGCGCAGACGACAACGGACUCUGGGCGAUUUACUCCCUAGAAGGUUCAAAUAACACAGCGGUUGCUAAGCUCAGCUUUGAUCCCAACAAGGAUGAUCUUAAUAUAGACUAUAUCUGGAACAUCUCCUUAAAUCAUAAACAAGUAGGUGAAAUGUUCAUAGUUUGUGGCGUCCUCUAUGCGUUGGAUUCCGCAACAGAACGUGACAGCAAAGUAUCGAUCGCCAUUGACUUGUACAUGAGCAAGUCGGUCGAUGUCACGCUACAGUUCACGAAUCCAUUCAGAAAAACAACACAACUAGGUUACGAUCACACGCAUAAGGAACUAUAUUCCUGGGAUAGGGGUAAUCAGCUGACAUAUCCUGUCCGGUACAACGAACUUCCGGGCCCCUAA